UGAAUUUGCUCCGCUAGAGAUCGUAGAUCUCGACAGCGACGACGAGUACGAUCCGUUAUUUGACGACUCCCUACUCAUGGGUUCACAGCUCCUCUUUACGAUUUCGGGAUCCGUAUUCCCCGAGUACCUCAUCAAUGGGGAAAGAUCCUCAACAGGAUAUCUACACGUGCAAAUCGUAGCCUUUCAGGAUGAUUCAUAUGUCCUGGCGGCAACAUUCUCGCCAGGAUAUAUGGAGAUUUGGGAACUUGAUGUUGACUUUAGAGACGCGCCCGGUAAAUGGUUCAGAAGAAUGAGACCCGGAAAGCACUUGAUAAUGGAUAGUGUAAUUCCAUUGAGGGGUGCAUCUACCAGGAAUCAAAGGAAGCCGAAGAGACGGUAUCAAGGGGAUACUUUGCAGGAUUGA